GCCUUUUUACUCUCUUCAUUUUCUCUCUCUUCUUUUCUCUUCACCAUUUUCACUUACUGCUGCUUCUUCUUCUCAUCUCAAUUUUCGUUUCAUAUUCACUUUCAUUUGUUUUCUACUUGUUUGUUGCUUUUUCAUUUUCAUCUUUUGUAAUCAUGGUGAGAUUGAUAUUUGAUGAUGACAGUAAUGCGACUAAAGUUCCCGUUGGCGAUAAUCAAUCAACUUAUACGGUUACUUCUACGGUUACUCCUGUAAUCAACCAACUUAAUGUUGCUGGUUCUUCUUCAAUUUCUGUUAAUUAUCCACUUGUGGAUACUCAAAUUCCUCCUGAAGUUAAAAGGUGUGGAUUCAAAUCUUAAUGAUCAACCAAAAUUUGAUCCAAAGCCUAAAGAAACAUCAGUCAACUGUCCUAGACUAAAAUUUGAUCCUAGGGCGCAAGAACAAUCUGAUUCUGUUUCUCGGAAGGAGGAUAAUUUGAAAGCCCAGCAGAAUAUUGCAAAUGGUGUAUCAGAAAUUCGCGUAGGUUUAAAGACUGAUGUUACUUCUAAGUCACAUGGAGAUGUCGAUGACAAUGCUGAUCCUAAUCCUGAGCACAAAAAUUCUGAUAAUGAGACUGAUCAGGAGGAUGAUCAAAAGAGUUAUCAGGACAAUAAUGAGGAAGAGCGUCCCCCUAACUUUUUGAAAGAUCUUCCCAAAAUUAUUCGCUCGAAUAAGGUAACCAGGGCAAAGAGUCCUAAGUGUAAAAAGAAGGAGGAGUCCAAGAAGAGACCUAGAAGUAGGACAACUUCUGUGAAGGAUGAGGUUAUUGUUGAUUCACCUUCUAAGGGAAGUAAGCAGUUGAGAUCUUCACCUCGAUUUGCUUCUGAUCCCAACUCUGCUCUGGUAAUUCAACCGGAAUAUGUUGUUGAUUUAGUUUCGAAGAAAAUAUACAAGUUUUGAAGGGUGGACCUUCUAAAACUUUAGCAGUUAUUGAGAAGGCGGCUCCUCCUAAGAAGUAAUUUUUUUUCUAUACAAACUUUUUCAGUUGAUAUUUAUAUAUAUGUAUGUGAUACAUUUUUAUUUUCCGUAUACUGUUUCUAUUACUGAAUUAUUGUUAUCUCUUCCUUAUUAUGAUAUUA